CAUGCGGCACGUGAUAAAUCCUGCUAACGAUUUAGCGUUCGUCUAAUACUAACCUCAGCUCAUUCGAUUGUGUUUUUUUCAACGUGCAUCAUCAAAAUUGGCAAACAUCUACACCUUCUGUCGCGUAUGCUAACUCUCAGCUCACUCUUCUCACUCUCCAGACGGUGAUCUUCACUAAACAAUGUUCUUUAUGGUACGAGAAACAACAGUAAGGCCCCUCUUCACGACAAUACGUCAGAAUAGUCAUGUCAGACAACUGUCCACGGUUCUUCCGUUGGGAAGUGAGAUACUGCCCCGUAUCGAUGUUACAAAACUGCUUGCGACACCAACGUGGUCUGUGAGAGCUAUAUUACCGUCUACGUCCGCAAAAGCUACAGCUCCCGCGAUUACAUCCGCCCAAUUACAUCACCUAUUACGUCUCUCUGCUUUACCUCUGCCGGCGUCGGAUAAGGAUGAACAGGAUAUGAUGCAGGCAUUAGAGUCUCACAUUCAUUUUGUGAAAGACAUACAACGAGUGGAAACCAACGUAACUGUGCCUUUGCGUGCACUACGGGACGAAUCUGAAGCCGCAGAGCUCCGGAACACAAUAGACAUGGGCGCACUCAAAGAGGCUCUGGAAAAUGAGGAAGUUAUCGGGAAGCACCAUAAACGUAUCAGGCGACGAUGCUCCUCCACCGUCGUCGACACCUGGAAUGUAACGGGCUAUGCGGAACGCAUUGCUGGGAAACAUUUCGUCGUGCAUUCGGAAAAGCUACCAGGAUCAUGAACAUGCUACUGCGCGUAUAUCUCACCUCCCGAUCUCUCACCCGGCACCUCUGAGGACCAUCGAAGCAUAUUGGAAUAAAGCAGGUAGAACGACAAGAGUGGGCCUCGAACAAUAUGUACAAACACUCUCAGUACACUGCUUGUCAAAUGUCUCGAUAAAUUGGUUAGAUCCACUAUACGCUAUCUCGAGUA